UGCCGGCUGUACGCGCGCGUAGCCGCUGAGGCGUGGACCCAACUAGGGAAUGCGAGUCAAAGGGCUUCCGGCCAGGUGGUAGUGGGCUCUGUUGGCGUUCGAAUCCCACGUAGUGGUCGCAUGCUGGGGGGUCUUAGACAUUAGAGGUUGCGCGUUUGCGCCUCUCGGGCUGAGGUGAGGUUUAGUAAAUGGUGAAGUCCUUCCCGGCCAGAGGGCACCCGAGGCCGUGGGGGGGGCCUGAGCGGCUGGAGUUGGUGAAGAGCCAACCCGUUGGCGCACCCAGCCGAGCAGGCGGACCGCUGUCCCGCGGUGUGGCGGGAGGCGUGGAAAACGAGGUGGAGUCAGUGUAACCGAGGCGUGGCGGUGGGAGGACCCGGGAUCUCAGCGCAGCCCUGGCAGGGCUUUGCACCCGAGCCGCUGCAGCGUCCUCGCCUUCGCACCCACGUGCAUCCGGGACUGGAGAGGGGUUGGCGGGCGCCGAGCCCUCAACCCGUUUGAAAUCUGUGCCUCCCAGUGCACAUCAGCACUGUAAUGGGGUCCUGAUGCCUGAGCAUCUGUAAGCUGGGAUGCUUUCAAAGGGGUUGCAGGAAAAAGACCGCAGGGUAAAAAUCCAGAAGCAGAACUUGAACACUGACCCAUUUCACAGGUAAGGUCACACCAGCACUGAAUAAGUGAAAUCACUGAUCCGAGGUACCGGAGUUGAAAUUAGAUCUCUAAGAGUUUCCACCUCAUCACCCACACGUCCAUAAGUAAAUGCAGUCGGGAAAGAACUUUACCAUAAAGAAUACAAUCGAAUUCAUGAAAGCUCCCUGCUCCCUGUCUUUCACACUGGAGACCGGUGGACAGCCUUCAAGUCCUUUUAUAUAAUUUUACUUACAUAUUCUCUGAAGAAUGUUUCUUGCAUUUGUAGACCAAAAAAUGGAAUUGAUUUUUAUUUUUAAAAAGACAUUAUCAGUGAUCUGAUACAACUAUAAAGAUUCACUUGAUGAAGAUGUAUGUGCCUGUUUUUUGGUUGAAUUAGUGGUCAUUUUUGAAAGUUUUUUCAACCAGAAUUGUAAAAAUUUCUUCAACAGAUUUUCUGUUUGAAAAUUCAAGUAUCAAGGAAUCUUGGGUUUAUCAUGGCAUAAUGACGAUUUCUUUUGACUACGGACUGCAGAUGUCAUAGAGACUACAAUUGGAUUCCAGUUACAUUCUCUAAUCAGAGGUGGCUCAUAUUCAAUCUUUUGAUGAACUUAAUUUUGAAGAAUUUUUUGUUUAUAAACAACACCAAAAGAUGGGAGAAAAAAAUGGUGAUGCAAAAACUUUCUGGAUGGAGCUGGAAGAUGAUGGAAAAGUGGACUUUAUGUUUGAAAAAGUACAAAAUGUACUGCAAUCACUGAAACAGAAGAUCAAAAAUGGGUCUGCCACAAAUAAAGAGUAUAUCCAAGCCAUGGUUCUAGUGAAUGAAGCAACUAUAAGUAACAAUUCAGCAUUGGUAAAGGAUCAUAUGCCUGUGACUCAGAAUGAACAGGAAAACAAAUCAAAUGCAUUUCCCUCUACAUCAUAUGAAAACUACUUUCCAGAAGACUGUAUUUUUCUAUCUACAAAAAAUAAGGAUGUUCUCUCUUUGGGAAAUAAAGUCACAGACUUUAGGAGAAAGGAAUCAUCUUUGAAUUUAUCUUAUAAACAUCAUGACUGCUCUCAUGCCUGUCUGAUGAAAAUGCCACCAACCUUCAAGGGAGAAAACCCUCUGCAGCUGCCAAUCAAGUAUCACUUCCAAAGACGACAUGCAAAAACAAACUCUCAUUCUUCUGCACUCCAUGUGAGUUAUAAGACUCCUUGUGGAAGGAGUCUACGAAACAUGGAGGAAGUCUUUCGUUACCUGCUUGAGACAAAAUGUAACUUUUUAUUUACAGACAACUUUUCUUUCAAUACCUAUGUUCAGUUGACUCGGAAUUACCCAAAGCAAGAAGAAGUUAUUUUUGGUGUGGAUAUUAGUAAUGGAGUGGAAUCAGUGCCCAUUUCUUUUUGCAAUGAAAUUGACAGGAGAAAGCUUCCACAGUUUAAGUACAGAAAGACUAUGUGGCCACGAGCAUGUUACCUAAGUAACUUUUCCACCAUGUUUACUGAUUCAUGUGACUGUUCUGAGGGCUGCAUAGACAUAGCAAAAUGUGCAUGCCUUCAACUGACCUCAAGGAAUGCCAAAACUUGUCCCUUGUCAAGUGGUACAAUAACUACUGGAUAUAAAUAUAAAAGACUACAGAGGCAAAUACCUACUGGCAUUUAUGAAUGCAACCUGCUAUGCAAAUGUAAUAGACAAUUUUGUCAAAACAGAGUUGUCCAACAUGGUCCUCAAGUGAGGCUGCAGGUGUUCAAAACUGAGAAGAAAGGAUGGGGAGUACGUUGCCUAGAUGACAUUGACAAAGGGACAUUUAUUUGCAUUUAUUCAGGAAGAUUACUAAGCAGAAAUAACCCUGAGAAACCUAGUGCUAUUGAUGAAAGUAGAAAAGAAGAGAAUAUUAUGAAAAAUAUAUUUUCAAAAAAGAGGAAAAUAGAAGUUUCAUGUUCAGAUUGUGAGAUUGAAGUCAUCCCAUUAGAACCAGAAACACAUCCUAGAAGUGCUAAAACUGAGGAGUGUCCACCUAAGUGUAAUGAUGACUCAAAAGAGACUGUUAUGGAAAUGAACUAUAACAAUAUUUCAAGAACUCAAUAUCAUUCAGUUAUUAGAAGUCCUAAAUCCAAGACAGCCAUUUUUCAACACAAUGGGAAAAAGAUGGGAUUUGUUUCCUCAGAGUCUAUCAUCUCUGAAGAUAAUGAUGGGUGUAAAGCAGCUCAAGAACAUACGAACUCUAAAGCCAAGAGAGCACAAGAGGACUCAAGUUCAAACCAUUUUGAAGAUUCUGAAGACAAGCAGCUGGUUGAAUCAGAUGUGAUAGAUGUAACUAAACAUAGAGAAGAAACUGCACCAGGGGACAGAUGUAAGCAAGCAACCAUAUGGGAUAAUGAGAAUAUUAAAAAGGAUUUUGAGAUUCAAAUAAAAAAGCCCCAAGAGGAGAAAUCUCCAGCAUGUCAAAACCAGCAGGUCUUUUGUGAUGAGGAGUUAACAAGUGAAACCAACAAUACUUCAUCUGAUUCUCUAAGGAAGUUCAAUAAAGGGAAUAUAUUUUUAUUGGAUGCCACAAAAGAAGGAAAUGUGGGCCGUUUCCUUAAUCAUAGUUGUUGCCCAAAUCUCUUGGUACAGAAUGUUUUUGUAGAAACACAUGACAGGAAUUUCCCAUUGGUGGCAUUCUUCACAAACAGAUAUGUGAAAGCAAGAACAGAACUAACAUGGGAUUAUGGUUAUAAAGCUGGAACUACGCCCGACAAGGAAAUCUUCUGCCAAUGUGGAGUUAAUAAGUGUAGAAAAAAAAUAUUAUAAAUAUGUA